AUGUCAUCUACAACUCCCCCAGCAUUAAAGUCAGGCGCAACAAUCGCAUUCAUCUCCCCAUCCGCCCGUCUAAACCAUGUCCAGCCAGCAGUAAUGUCACGCGCGACCAAAGUCCUCACCGACCAAGGCUACCUCGUCCGCGAACUAUUCACCCAAGACGCCGGCACGCAAUCCUCCAUCCAGAACCGUCUAUCAGAAAUACGCACCGCCUUCACAGACAACUCAAUCUCAGCGGUCAUCUGCACAAUAGGAGGCACCACCUUCACGGAGCUUCUUCCCGCGCUCAUCGCCGACACAGAGUUGCACGCUGCCAUCCGUGCGAAUCCCAAGGUCGUAAUCGGAUACUCUGACAUCACUGGCUUGCACUGGUUCCUCAAUAAACUUACCGGUCUGCGUACAUUCUACGGACCUGGCGCUAUUCCAGAACUCGGCGACGCCACUACAGGUCAUGAGAAUUCGCCUGCUACCUUUUGUGCAAAGCAUUUAUUCCGUGCCGUCGCCAACACAAAGCCCAUAGGUGAAGUCGCAAGAUCGGCCGAAUAUGCGCCAAAGUCAGCCGCCUUCUGGAAAGAUGCAACCUCAGUUGAACCAUCUCAGCUUGCGCCAUCUCCCAAAUGGACAUGGAUCCGAGAGGGCAAAGGUCAGGGGAGGUUAUUUGGCGGCUGUCUGACAGUCAUGGCUCGGCUAGGUGGCGUGAAGCAAAUUGCGCCGGACUGGCGCGGUCGAAUCGUCUUCCUGGAGACAGCUAUGAGCGACGAUGAUGUCGCGGGGAAUCCCUUAUUCCGCAUAAAGGCAGCGGUUGCGGACUUGAUAGCCCAUGGGGUCUUUGACGAUGCUCAAGGAUUGGUGGUUGGGCGGCCGUUUGGCUAUGAUUCCAGCGAGAUGCAAGGGGAGUACAUGGACGUUAUUAGGGAGUUGUUGUGUGAGGGGAGAAUGGCAGAGAAGGCAUUCCCGAUUCUGUUUAACGUGGAUAUUGGGCAUACUACUCCUAUGGUUACUCUGCCGUAUGAUGCUUUGGCUGUUCUAGACUCUGCAAAGGACUCGUUUGCUAUUCUUGAGCCAGGUGUCCUUUAA